AGGGGGCAGCCGAAGAUGCUGCAGCUGGGCAAGGUCAGGACCUUGCGGUGAAGCCCGGGGCCGUCGCUCGCCCCCCCCCAUCCCCCCUUCUUCAUCUUUGCCUGGCGGACUGAGGAUUUGCUGUUGGGUUUUGGUAUAUGUUCGGGAGAAAGCAGGCGGAAUCGGCGCCGAUCGAAACUAUGCCUGUUCCAGACCAGCCCUCGUCUUCUGACAAGACAAGCUCCCUUAGUCCUGUGCUGAACACGUCCAAUGGCGAUGGCUCUGAAACUGAAACAACCUCUGCCAUUCUAGCUUCAGUUAAAGAACAGGAACUGCAGUUUGAGCGACUGACUCGAGAACUUGAGGCUGAGCGUCAAAUUGUAGCUAGCCAGCUGGAGAGAUGUAAGCUUGGAUCAGAAACUGGAAGCAUGAGCAGCAUUAGUUCAACAGAAGAACAAUUUCACUGGCAAACACAAGAUGGUCAGAAGGAUAUAGAAGAUGAGCUCACCACUGGUCUGGAGCUGGUGGACUCCUGUAUUAGGUCACUGCAGGAAUCAGGGAUACUCGAUCCACAGGACUAUUCAGCCAGUGAAAGGCCCAGCCUCCUCUCCCAGAGCACGCUCCAGCUCAAUUCCAAGCCUGAAGGGUCCUUCCAAUACUCGGCCAGCUACCACAGCAACCAGACCCUCGCCCUGGGCGAAACGGCGGCCGCCCAGCUCCCGGCCCGCAGCGGUCAGGCCAGAGGUGCCAUCCAGAGCUACAGCCAGCAGGGCCCGGGGGGCCGCGGCGCCCACCCGGGCGUCCCGGAGCCGCCGCCGCAGCCGCAGCCGCCCGCCGCCCCGCAGCCGCGGGAGCCCUUCGCGCCCAGCCACGGCAGCGCCUUCCACCUGCCCGAGCCCCAGCACGCCGCCGCCCUCUACUACGCCAGCUCCACGCUGCCGGCGCAGCGGGUGAGCUCCCCGCUGCCCGCCCAGCCCGGCGGCUCCCCCACCAAGCUGCCGCGGGCCGGCUCCGCCGCCGAGGGCGCCGCCUACGCCGGCGCGCAGCGCCUCUCCUCCCCGAAGCAGUCCCCCAGCCGCCUGGCCAAGUCCUACAGCACCAGCUCGCCCAUCAACAUCGUCGUCUCCUCGGCGGGACUGUCGCCGUCCCCCAUCCGAGUGACCUCCCCGCCCACCGUCCAGUCUAACAUUUCCUCCUCUCCUAUCCACCAGUUAAGCUCCACCAUCGGCACUUACGCCACCCUGUCGCCUACCAAGCGGCUGGUUCACGCUGCCGAUCAGUACAGCAAGCACUCCCAGGAGCUGUACGCCACCGCCACCCUGCAGAGACCCGGCUCCCUCGCAGCUGGGUCUCGGGCAUCUUACAGCAGCCAGCACAGCCACCUUGGCUCCGAGUUAAGGGCACUGCAGUCUCCAGAACACCACAUAGAUCCUAUUUACGAAGACAGAGUUUAUCAGAAGCCCCCUAUGAGGAGUCUCAGCCAGAGUCAGGGGGACCCUCUGCAACCAGCACACACAGGCACAUACCGCACUAGUACAGCCCCAUCUUCCCCUGGUGUCGACUCCGUACCCUUACAGCGCACAGGCAGUCAACACGGCACACAGAACGCAACAGCGACCUUCCAGAGGGCCAGCUAUGCGGCCGGCCCAGCCUCCAAUUACGCAGACCCCUACCGACAGCUGCAGUAUUGUCCUUCUGUUGAAUCACCAUACAGCAAAUCUGGGCCAGCCAUCCCACCUGAAGGGACCUUGGCUAGGUCACCUUCCAUUGAUAGCAUUCAGAAAGAUCCCAGAGAGUUCGGAUGGCGAGAUCCAGAGCUUCCAGAAGUUAUACAGAUGUUACAGCAUCAGUUUCCCUCAGUACAGUCCAAUGCUGCAGCCUACUUACAACACCUCUGUUUCGGAGACAAUAAAAUAAAAGCAGAGAUAAGAAGACAAGGCGGAAUACAAUUACUGGUGGACCUAUUGGACCAUCGGAUGACAGAAGUCCACCGUAGUGCCUGUGGAGCUUUGAGAAACUUGGUAUACGGGAAGGCAAAUGAUGACAACAAAAUUGCUCUGAAAAACUGUGGUGGCAUCCCAGCAUUAGUACGGUUACUCCGCAAGACGACAGAUUUGGAAAUCAGAGAACUGGUCACAGGAGUUCUCUGGAAUCUAUCCUCCUGUGAUGCACUGAAAAUGCCAAUCAUCCAGGAUGCCCUCGCAGUGUUGACCAAUGCAGUGAUCAUCCCUCACUCUGGAUGGGAAAACUCUCCGCUCCAGGAUGAUCAUAAAAUACAGCUCCAUUCAUCACAGGUGCUGCGCAAUGCCACUGGGUGCCUAAGGAAUGUCAGCUCUGCUGGAGAGGAGGCCCGCCGAAGAAUGAGGGAGUGUGACGGCCUGACGGACGCAUUGCUGUACGUGAUCCAGUCUGCUCUGGGGAGCAGUGAAAUUGAUAGUAAGACCGUUGAAAACUGUGUGUGCAUUUUGAGGAACCUCUCAUACAGGCUAGCUGCAGAAACAUCUCAGGGACAGCAGAUGGGAACAGAUGAACUUGAUGGAUUACUCUGUGGUGAUGCCAAUGGAAAAGACGCAGAGAGUUCAGGGUGCUGGGGGAAGAAGAAGAAGAAAAAGAAAUCACAAGAUCAGUGGGAUGGCGUAGGACCUCUCCCAGACUGUGCAGAACCACCCAAAGGAAUCCAGAUGCUGUGGCACCCUUCAAUAGUCAAACCCUACCUCACACUUCUUUCUGAGUGCUCAAAUCCAGACACGCUGGAGGGGGCAGCAGGGGCACUGCAGAACUUGGCUGCUGGGAGCUGGAAGUGGUCAGUGUAUAUCCGCGCUGCUGUCCGCAAAGAAAAAGGAUUGCCAAUCCUGGUGGAACUGCUUCGAAUAGACAAUGACCGGGUGGUAUGUGCAGUUGCUACAGCUUUACGAAACAUGGCCCUAGAUGUCAGAAAUAAGGAGUUAAUAGGCAAGUAUGCCAUGAGGGAUCUGGUCCACCGACUGCCAGGCGCUAACAACAGCAACAGCUCAGCGAGCAAGGCCAUGUCUGAUGACACCGUUACUGCCAUUUGCUGCACUCUGCAUGAAGUCAUCACUAAAAACAUGGAGAAUGCCAAGGCCUUACGAGACGCAGGCGGCAUUGAGAAACUGGUUGGCAUAUCUAAGAGUAAAGGAGACAAGCAUUCGCCAAAAGUGGUGAAAGCAGCAUCUCAGGUCCUCAAUAGUAUGUGGCAGUACAGAGACCUGAGAAGUCUCUACAAGAAGGACGGAUGGUCGCAGUAUCACUUUGUAGCCUCAUCUUCAACAAUAGAAAGGGAUCGGCAAAGACCGUACUCUUCAUCACGCACGCCCUCCAUCUCGCCCGUGCGCAUGUCUCCUAACAACCGCUCAGCAAGUGCCCCAGCCUCACCCCGGGAAAUGAUCAGCCUAAAAGAGAGAAAAACAGACUAUGAAUCAACUGGAACAAACGCCACAUACCAUGGAAAUAAAGGAGAACACACUUCUAGGAAAGACACCAUGACAGCUCAGAACACUGGAAUCUCAACUUUGUACAGGAAUUCGUAUGGUGCACCUGCUGAAGAUAUCAAACACAAUCAGGUUUCAACACAGCCAGUUCCACAGGAGCCCAGCAGAAAAGAGUAUGAACCAUAUCAGCCGUUUCAGAAUUCAACAAGAAACUAUGACGAGUCCUUCUUUGAGGACCAAGUGCAUCAUCGUCCACCUGCAAGCGAAUACAACAUGCACCUGGGACUAAAGUCAACUGGCAACUACGUCGACUUCUAUUCAGCUGCUCGUCCCUAUAGUGAACUUAACUAUGAAACAAGCCACUAUCCAGCCUCUCCCGACUCCUGGGUUUGAGACUUGGGCAGAUACAAAAGCUCCAGGAACUGUGCAUGUGCAUGCAUACCACAAGACAUUUUUUUUCCUGCAAAUUUAGUUUGUUAAAGCCUGUUCCAUAGGAAGGCGCAGAUAACCAGUAUGGAAAAAAUUAAGAGAUUUUUUUUUAGAGGGCUAAAAGGUGCGAAAGCUAAACCUGGGAGUAAUUAGAAAGAAAUAUAUGUAUACAUAUAUAUAUUUUACAGUGUGGGGCGACUUUACUGUUGGCCCGUAGAGUCUAAAGUUCAGUGCUGUAUAUUGAAUGUGGCUGAAGGAAGGAGGGAGAACACGACAGUGGAUGUGGGUCAAGAGUUAAGCACAAGUAACUGAGCAGCGUACAUACUUAUGGGGAACAGCUUCUCACACUUUGUUUAAUAUCCUCAUUCAUUGUGAAUCUAGGCUUCAAGUUGCAUUUGGGGUUUCCUCUGUACAGCAAGAUGUUUCUUGCCUUUUGUUAAUGCAUUGUUGUAAAGUAUUUGAUGUACAUUACAGAUAAAAAAAAAAAGUGCAUUGUGUAUAUUACACCAAUGCCACAGUGUUUCUUCAUCUAUGGUUCUAAAUAUUGCUUCAAUUUCAAAUUUUGAAAGAUGUAUGAAUUUCCAGUUUUUUGUUUUCUUUUCCCCGGUGCGUUUUAACAAAAAAAAAAAGUCAAAAAAAAUCAAAAAAACAAAACGGAAUAUUUAGCAGUAUUGUUCGUUCUGAUAUGUGGAUUUGUUUGUGGCAACUAAAAAAAAAAGGCAUUCAGCAGUUUCUGACAAUUAACAUUCAUCAUUCCACACUCCUUGUCAACGAAGUGCUUUUUCACUGCCUAAAAUUUUAGAUGUAGAUAUUUGAAAUAGAUUUUUUUCAUUUAUACCAGUUUUCUUUAUGAUGAUACAGUGUUAAAAGAAAAUAAAUUACAAUUGAUCUGUCAUCCAUAUUUGCUAAGAAUGUCUAUUUCCAAGAACCUACCAUACAAAUACACAUUCUUACUUGUGUGUGUCCAUGUAUGCAUAGUAUUCUGUGUGCGUGUGUGUGUGUUUGAGUGUGUGUGUUUGUGUGGCGUAAGACUUCUUUUCAUCCAAUGUUUUCCUUGUUCAAGCUUCAAUUUUUGUUUGAUUUUCAGUUUUUUUAAACAGUGGAAACUCCAGUAUGUGCUUUCUCUUACUCACUUUCUUAACCAUUGAUAGCAAUUCAAAAUUGUUAGGCCGCAUACUCUCAAAGGAAGGGGUUAUCAGAUUUUUUUUUUCACUGACUCCUUCACCUUUAGGUGCCCUUUCCUUUAAAAUAGCAUCUCUCGAUCUUUUCUUGAGGAAAUGUCAUUACCCUCCAGCCACCAACCAGCAAGUGCUCAAGGAAGGCAGAGUUUGAUCUUGCCAUCUCCCUGAGGGAAUGGAAAACAAAGACCCAACAGACUUAAGUCUGGAGUCUCCAACCUCUUUGGGCUAUACAAGAGUCCAACUCGUGAAUCAUUAGGACAAUCAUUUAUUUUAACCCAUACCAAAAAGAAAACCCGAUACCCGAAACACAUUCCUCAAAUAUUAAAUAUACCGACCAUUUCUGUGCAUUUAAAGUGAAACCCUCAAAAGUAAAAAAUGUAAGGGACAGAAUUUUUUUUUUUAAAUU